AUGGCCCGUUCCACCACGAUUAAGGACGCACUGAAGCGUUGGCAGGAAGAACACGAUGGGCAGGAUCCGGUCGAAGCAGUCGACGUACAGUUACAGUUCCGUUGGCCACCGAUCGAGAAGAUGGAUGGUACCCUCGGGACGUUGGCGAACUGUCAAAAGUUAAGCCUGUCGUCAAAUAUGAUUGAAAAAAUUGCCGGCUUGAACGGGAUGAAAAACUUGCGAAUACUUGCGCUUGGUCGUAACUACAUCAAAUCACUUAGUGGCAUCGAAGUGGUAGGCGAAACGCUGGAAGAACUGUGGAUCAGCUACAACCUGAUCGAUAAACUGAAAGGGGUGGAAAGUCUGCGUAAACUAAAGGUUCUCUACAUGGCGAACAAUUCGGUACGUGAUUGGGGCGAGCUAGCGAAACUGCAGGCCAUUUCCGGCACGCUCGAAGAUUUGGUGUUUGCCGGUAACCCGCUGGUGGAAAAUCUGGACGAGGCGGUGUAUGUGCGGGAGGUGACGAAGCGGUUACCCACGCUGAAGAAGCUUGACGGUGUGCCAAUGCUAACGGAGGAUGAGGACUAG